AUGUCAACGAUGACCCAAAAACUCAUGUUUACUACUGCUAGCGUGCGGAAUCUUGUUAUUUCCAACCCAACUGACGCACUCUACUAUGAGGUGUUAACUCCUAAGUGGGAGUCGCACCAGACGACAGUGCGCCGACUGGACACUCGCGCAAAUCAAUACGACACUGUCGGUAGCAUCCGAAGCCAGUCUGGCAAACCCGUCGCUGUCAGCAUGUACAACGGAGAGUUCGUAAAUGAGGAGUUAUGGUUACGCAAAAUUGAGGGACAAGGCCGACAGAGUCGAUGGGAAUUUGAUGACGGCGAGGGAAACUAUUUUUCCUGGGUUGUAGCAGGUUCCAAUUUGGAGGUUAGGAAAUGCCUUGAUGAGAGUGGAGCCCAAAGUCCGACCCCCAUAGCAACAUUCUAUCCCCACAGGCGCCACUUCAUGGUGACCAUGGUAUCGCAACAGGCAUUUUUGGAGAUCGAGUCAUCUGUGGUGGAUUCCUUGGAUACAGUACUAGGUGCGAUAUGCUGA